GGAACCCUAUUUGCUGCUUCGUUUGUUCUCUGCAUCGAAACAGACUCGAUGAAGCUGCUGUUUGGUGAAAUGCUUCAGAACAAGAGUUUUGUGUUCGUGGAGAAGCUUCAGUGCAACUUGAUGAAGAUUGUGGCUGGUUUUGAUUCACGGCGGGUAAUGAAGCUGUCAAGGAAGAGGGGAGAAGAAGGAAGUGUCUCUAUGAGCAUAAGAAACUUAGCAUGUUGUGAUCAAUCUGAGGUAACAUUCCAGAGUGGUGUAACUCCGGUUCAGUUCUGUAAGAAGGAAGUGGCACUUGAAGCUGUUUUUAGAACUUGUGUGAUUGGGAGUGACUGCAUGAUGAAACAUGACAUUGGAAACAGUCCUGUACGCGCAACUGCUGAGAAAAAGUCAAGAGGGAAAAGCAAAGGAGAAUUCUACGUGAUGAUUCACUCUAGAUGA